CAAAAAGGAAGGAAGCCGUCGGCCAUACAAUCGCGGCAAACUCGGUUCAAAAUUUUAGCUUGCAAGCUACAGUUAGCAACUACAUGUGCACUUUUAUCGUUUAAAUAAUUGACAUUUGGUGUUCAGAAUCAUGGACGAGGGAAUAAUAUUUCGUAUGAGUGCAUUUUCCGAGCAAGGGGGGAGGAAAUACAUGGAGGAUGUUGUCGAGAUAAGAAUCGAGUACGAGCCGUCGCCAGUCGAAGAUUAUCCAAAGUCGCAGGGACAUGGAGGGCAGGGGAAAGCGGAGAGUGAACCUACAAAACAGACUGAAAAUGAAACACACGAUCACAACGUUGCUGUCGAAUCUGGCCCGGCUUCUGCAAUGUGGGUAGAGAGUGUAUCAAAUGAGGACAGUGGCAACAACAGUGCACCGGCAUCGGAGGAAAAAGUCGCAGAGCAUGCAGUCGACACUCGGAAAUCGGUGGCAUUUUUUGCUGUAUUUGAUGGUCAUGGGGGUCGAGAAGCAGCACACUUCGCAAGAGAGAAUCUGUGGGAUUUAUUGAAAAGGCAGCGGGGGUUUUGGUCGAAGGAUCACAGUGAAGUGUGUGCUGCCCUAAAGAAAGGCUUCAUCGCCUGUCACCAUGCAAUGUGGAAAGAGCUACCGGAGUGGCCAAAGACUAUUACUGGCCUGCCCAGUACAUCAGGCACAACAGCCAGCGUGAUCGUGAUCCGCGGAGUUCACAUGUACGUUGCCCAUGUAGGGGAUUCAGCGGUAGUGGUUGGAGUACAAGAAAAUGCCUCUGAUAUAACGCUCCAGGCACUUGAAAUAACACAAGACCAUAAACCUGAACUUCCUAAAGAAAAAGAAAGGAUUGAACGACUGGGUGGAAGCGUGAUGAAGAAAUCUGGCGUAAACCGUGUUGUGUGGAAGAGGCCCAGGCUGACCCACAACGGCCCUGUGAGGAGGAGUACAGUCAUCGACCAGAUCCCCUUCUUGGCUGUGGCUCGGUCCCUUGGUGAUCUGUGGAGCUACGAUUUCUACAGUGGGGAGUUUGUGGUUUCUCCAGAGCCUGAUACGACCAUGAUGACCCUUGACCCCAGUCGGCAUCGCUACAUCAUCCUCGGCAGUGAUGGAUUAUGGAAUAUGAUGCCACCCAAGAAUGCUGUCAAUAUGUGUAAUAGCCAUGAUAAAAUGGUGGGACCAAAGGGAAUGUCAUGCGCGCGCCGGCUGGGAUGCACAGCUCUACUGUUUUGGAAAGAACGCAUGCUCCGUGCUGACAACACAACCGUUAUUGUCCUGUCGCUACAGGAGCGCGGAGGCCCUCCUAUCCCUAUGCACAGAGAUGAGAUUGUUGUCGACAUGUCUACAGGAAUAGAUCACGUUCCAUUCCCGGGAACAACUUAUAACACAUGUCAGGUCCCAAAGCAGAGCGAUGCAGCGAAUGCUUCCUCCCCAUUCAGAGAAGGUACCGCUGCUCUGGAGCAGGCAUUUGGGCUGUAUGAAGCAGCUUUCUGUGCCACUGCACAGGUGUUUCCUGAAGUCGACUCAGCGAGGGCCACACAGCCCCCCUCAGACACUUCAACAAAUGUUUUCGAAAAGCAAGACUCAACAACCCAAAUGGACUGUGCUCCUGCUCCUCCAUUUAAAAGGUCUCGCCGUUCUCCGCACACACACCCUGAACUCAGAGGUCCUCCCCGUCGACCUGGCCGCUCCUCCAGUAAAAGCAUCCCCCAGAAAACGGCUCAUAGCAGUGUACAAAGUGAACAAUCCGGUCAAACUCGCGCUCAAAAGAGAAGCUCCUCUGAGGAAAGCAGCAUCCUCCCACAGCACCACAACGCUGCCUUGUGUGUGUGCUGAAUCUGGCUGCACAGAAACAGUGUUUUUAGCUCUGAGGCUGGAAGGAUAACCUGCAUCGUGUCAACUUUGCUCAUGUAUCAGGUGUGCCACAGGCCGAUUCCUAGAUGUAUACUUUUUAUACAAAGUCUUUGUUUUUGUAAAUAUGUGAGAAAUUUGAGAUUGUAAAUGUGUUGCUGUUUUAACCUUUUCUUCUUGCUCUUCUUCCUUCUUCUCCCCCUCUAUGAAUUUGAGUGUUCCCGGAAAAAUUUUAGAUCCAUUUAAUCUAUUUUCAUACUUCUAAGUAUGUAUAGUAUAUUAAAAAAAAACGAUGUAUUUUAAAGAUCUCUGCAAUGACACAAGCAAUCUUCCAGUUUUGAUUUUUAUUUAAUUAAGUCACUAUUUUAAAUUGUUUUUCUCAUCUUCCCUUCACUGGGAGGAUGCUACUAUGGUAUUUAUCCAUUUAGCAAUGUGUGCUUUUCAUGAAUUGACCAUUCGAUGGUGUUACUUGACAUUUUUAUUCUUUGCUGGAGUGUCAUAUUGAUCCAUUCCAAGCAUCUCCUUAUAUGAUUUGCCCGGUGGGUAUUGCUUCUGUAUUGGGUGCUGAUGUAAAAGCCAAGAUCAAUACCUGUGCCUCACUGUAAGGAAUUUGCUUAGCCCUUGACUUUGGUUGCAUCCUAAUUAUUUUAAGUGUCCACUUCAACAGACCUUCCUUACUGUUUUCAUAAGUUUUAUCCUUGUGUGUGGUUUGCUCCCAUAACUUGUGUUUUAAUCUGCACAUAAAACACCUUAUGGUACGAAUGCAGAAAGGGCCUGUUUCAUGUUGUAUAUACAGUAAAGUCUAAAUUGUCUUAACAUGGCAGCUCAGUUACUGUUUUAGCUGAUUUGUUUGCCUUUUACAUGAACGUGUCAUGGUUGCCUUAGCACAAAUAUGUCAGAGGUGCUUUUCACAGGGUUUCAAAUUUGGGACUCAUACAGGUGAGCAUCUCUAGGAUAUGUAAGUAUGGCUGUGGCAAAGCUUCAACCAUCUAUCAUGCACCUUCAGUUCCAAUAUCAGUUUACCAUCCACACUACAUCAUACUAAACGUGGUUAAUGUUUUGUUGGUUUUGUACAGUACGUCAAUAUGCAAUAGAAGUUUGUACAGUACAUUAUUAUGCAAAAGUAUUGGGUUUUUCUGGCAUGCUCGGAUCAACUCUGUGUGUCGUGAAGUGUCCAUGUAUGUUGAUGGGCAUGUGGUUUGUUUUUUGACAAUGACAAUACUUGGUCUGGUUUCAUAUCCACUGCAACCAGUUUUCAGGACUAACUGUAUAAGCUACAUGCGUUGAAAGUGACUGGAUAUAAAGUGUCUGUGUGUUGUAAUAAAGUUCUCAUUUUCCAGUU